GUUAGGAAAAGGGGGGAAAUAAGCCCAACAAUAACAAAGGACAAAACUAACGAGGAAGCAAAACAAACAUUGCUUGGCAAGGACGAGGAGCAGCUAGCAAAACCCCUUUCUUUUACUUGUUUCUCUAAUUUCUUCAUUCUCGUGCAACAUAUCACAAAACCCUUAAGCCGAUAUUCACCUUCAACGCCUCUGUAGUUUGUUAAAGAUGGAGGCUGAGAAACAGCACCAGUUUGAUGUGGACCUCGGCAACCUCAUGGCUUUCGAUUCCUAUCACACCUUCCCUUCCCAACCACCUCUUUCCAGGGAAGACCUCACCAGGCAGUGUUUACUGAAAGGCACUCACUUGGUUCAAGCUAUCGCAGAUGCCCUCUUUACCUUACCAUCAAUCGAAGAUGUAGAUGGACCCCUUGUCACCUUGCCUCCCCCAACAACUAAAUUGCCAAGAGAAAAACAUCUGCCAAAACCAAAACCUCCUACUAAAUGGGAAGCUUUUGCCAAAAAGAAAGGCAUACAGAAACGGAAGAAAGACAAGAUUGUAUAUGAUGAACAGUCUGGAACCUGGAAACGCAGACAUGGAUAUGAUCGUGCAAAUGAUGAAGAUGCUAUUCCUAUCAUUGAGGCAAAACCAACUGAUGAUCCAGAGGAGGAUCCUUUUGCCAAAAGAAAAGAAAAUAAGAAGAAUAGAAUUGAAAAACAGGAGAAAAAUCGAUUACAGAACUUGAAAGAAGCUGCAAAAUUUGGUGCUUUACCAAGCCAUAUUCAGUUGGCUGCUACAGCUUUGCCUAUAACAGGAACUCAAGCAGCACCCAAGAAAGUUACAAAGGAUGAACUAGGUAAUGUAGCAGGAAUUGCAGCAACUGCAACAGCUAGUGGGGGGAAAUUUGACAAGAAAUUGGCAGGUGAAAAGCCUCAGAAACAUGAAGGAAAAUAUCGGAAGUUUCUGCCAGUAGUGGAAGGAACCGGGAUAGGAUCACUGGAGAGGGAGCAAACUGAGAAAAUAUUGAACAAGAUCAUCUCCAAGAAUUCUCAUAACAUACUGAACGUUGAAAAGGCUGUCACAAUGCACAAUGUGAAGAAAGAGAAGAAACGAAGGAGCGAGAAAGGGAAGGCUUUAGCUUCAGCAACUGACAAGAAAUUGAAAACUCAAAAAAAGUCUUUUAAAAAGGGAGAUUCCAAGAAAGGCAAGGCCAAAGGAAAAUAAUUUAGAUUUUACAAAAAAAGUUUUGUGGGGUUCUUGGAAACUCUAUUUACUGGUUUCAUGUUUUGUAGACGAUAAUUUCAUUUUAUCAUGUAUCAAUCGUCAUCCAUUUUUAUUUGUCAUCUAUAUAUAUUUAAUUCAGCUCUAUUAAUUGACAAUUUUUUUUUGAGAAAAAACUACUUUUGAUUUAUAGCACGCAGCAGGCAUAUUCA